ACCCUGACUUUUUUAUUUCUUCUUGACUGAACUUUUUUCUUUGCCCGCUACCCCUUACUCCAAAGGAUAUAAUUACUAAACUCCUUAUGACAAACGACAGCUAUAAAUUACCACAACCUCCCCUUUCCUCUUUGAACAUCAUCUUUUUCUCUCUCUUAACAUCUCAAAGAUGAAGCUCUACUCAUUCCUUCUUUGUAUCCUGUUUGCUCUUUUGGCUACUCUUGCCUCCGCUCAACCUGUGAAUGACAAGAGAGGCCUUGGUGCUCUUGUCGGUUCGAUUAUCCAUGGUGUAGCAACUCUCUUUGAUCCCGUCAGAGAAGGCGGUUCUCAAGGUGCUUGUGGACCAUUUGCCACUAAACAUUCACACAUUGUUGCUUUGAAUGCUCAUGACUAUGGUGAUCUUAACAAAAAGAGUCACUGGUGUGGAAAGAAGAUAAAAAUCAUGUACAAGGAAAGAACUACUGUAGCUACAAUUACCGAUGCUUGUCCUGGCUGCGAUGCAGGCUGCUUGGAUCUUACGCAAGCUGUUUGGGAUGAAUUGGGAGAAGAUCCCAAAGUUGGAAGAUUGAGGGUCAAGUGGGCCCCUUGCGACAGUUGUUAAGAAAGCAAAUUGUCCUUUUUUUUUUUGUAUCAGUAUAUACAGCCAUUAAUAUAAUAAAGUCCUGUGUUUUAAAAAAAGACAUUCUAAAAUGAACAGUAUGGAUUCACUAUCAUUUCAAAUCAAUCAAAGGAACAGUACAGCUUUGAUAGUAUCUUUUUUGAUCUUUUCUCCUUUUACAAUUGCCACUCUUUAGUGUUUCGCAUUCUUUAGGUCACUAUUACUCAAAUACGAUCAACUUAUUGAUACCGAGAGUGCGCGCGCUAACGUGAAUAGUUCAUACAAGAUUGAAGUGUCGUAAUGUUCUUUGGGUCAUAGUGCGUAGCCAACAGCUUUGUAUUAAAUUGCAAAGACUGUGCUACAAUAUUAUGAUUUGGAUGAAACCCCAUGGGGCUCCACUUUAGUGGAAAUACAGUGAAAUUCAAACAGGGGAGAAUGCUUUUUUUUUUUUUU